AUGAGCGUAUGGAAAUCCUUCCCCUAUUAUGCAGAGACCAUGUCACUGGUGGUUGUGCUGCUCCUGCAUCAUCAUCUUCCAACAUGUGAUGCAAUUACUAAUAACCAAACACACUGUAAACCUUCUUCAUGCGGCAAAAUCAGUUACAUAAAAUAUCCAUUUCGACUGACGGAUGACCCAACAACCUGUGGUGAUCCGAGCUAUGAGUUGUCCUGCGAAAACAACAGAACAGCAUUAACUCUGUUUUCAGGGAAAUACUAUGUCCAGGAAAUCAACUACAUAACUUACACAAUUCGAUUAGUUGAUCCUGGAAUUGAAGAGAGUGAUUGCUCAUCCAUUCCUCAAAAUUUCUUAAGCAAUGGCAAUUUCACAACUAGAUCCUCUGAGGAAUGGGGUCCAUAUGAAAUGCAUUAUCCUAUUAAGUACGAAAACAUAAUAUACUUGAAUUGUAGUAAAGCAGUGAAGGAUGAUGCUGGGUAUGUGGAUACAGCUCCCUGCAUCAACCGGGACUCCAAAACCUAUCUUUAUGUUUUUGCUGCUACCGACAAUUGGGAUGUGGAGAAUGAUCCUUCUAACACCUUUUCUGUUGGGAGAUUAAAAGAUUAUUGCCGAGUGAAAGUUGUUGCCUUGUCAUCAGCAGGUUUUCCUAAUAACAUGGUCAGAGAAGAUGUACCAAAACGACCCCUUUCCUCAUACAAGCAAAUUCAUGGAAUGCUACUCCAUGGAUUUGAGGUAUCGUGGAAACCUAGUCCUUGUAAAGAUACUUGCGGCUAUCAAGUCACGUGCAACUUCGAUCCAUUCACCGGAGUUUUUGAUUGCCAGAACCCGUCCAAUGGUUGCCAUUAUCCUUUCGGAACUGAUGUCAAUUGCACCAACAUAUCAAAGCAGCUCGUAUUAGUGGAAGAUAUUUUACUUGGCAUUGCUAAAGGAGUACUACAAAUAUUUGGAAUAACAAAAAACUCAAGUUCAAAUCCAGAAAAUAUAGAUUCUAAAAUUUCCAUCGAGUUAGGAAGAGUGACAGGAAGAUAUAUUUUGCCAUUCUUGGCUCCAAGAUUUGUAUUGGGUGUUAUAAUUUUCUCUAUACUUUUGGUAUAUACGUAUCGGAAAAGUCAUAUAUCAAUCUAUGAAAAUAUUGAAGUUUUUCUUCGAAGGAGUACCUUAAUGCCAAUUAGGUAUUCAUACAAAGAAAUAAAAAAUAUGACAAGAAAUUUCAAAGACAAGUUGGGUGAAGGAGGAUUUGGUGCUGUAUAUAAAGGAAAGCUUCGCAGUGGACCAUUUGCAGCCAUAAAGAUGUUGGGAAAAUCAAAAGGUAAUGGACAAGAUUUUAUCAACGAAGUCGCAACCAUAGGAAGAAUACAUCACACCAAUGUGGUUCGACUUAUUGGAUUUUGUGUGGAAAGAUCAAAACGAGCUCUUGUUUAUGAAUUCAUGCCCAAUGGUUCUCUUGAUAAAUACAUUUCUUCUACAGAGAAUGUUAUCACUCUAACUUAUAAACAAAUGUUUGACAUAUCUCUUGGAGUGGCCCGUGGGAUUGCUUAUUUACAUCAAGGAUGUGACAUGCAAAUUUUGCAUUUUGACAUCAAGCCACAUAACAUCCUUCUGGACGAGAAUUUUAUCCCCAAAGUUUCAGACUUCGGCCUUGCGAAACUUUAUCCUAAUGACAUUAGCAUUGUCACUUUGACUGCAGCAAGAGGUACAAUUGGUUAUAUGGCUCCUGAAUUAUUUUAUCAAAAUAUUGGAGGAGUAUCCUACAAGGCUGAUGUAUAUAGCUUUGGAAUGCUUUUGAUGGAAAUGGCAAGUAAGAGAAGAAAUUUAAAUCCACAUGCAGAACAUUCAAGCCAGCUUUUCUUUCCUUUUUGGGUCUACAACCAAUUGGUUGAAGAAAAAGACAUUGAAAUGGACGAAAUUACAAAUGAAGAAAUGAUUAACGUGAAAAAGAUGUUCAUAACUGCGUUGUGGUGUAUACAAUUAAAACCAAGUGAUCGUCCUCCAAUGGAUAAAGUAAUUGAGAUGCUAGAAGGGAAUAUUGACAACAUUGAAAUUCCUCCAAAACCUUCUCUAUAUCCAAAUGAAAUGAUUCAGAAAGAUCUCGAAGUAACCUCUGAUGAAUUUGAGUCAAAUGCUGUUACUGAUUGA